CGCCCUCUUCCAACUCGUCACUACUACUCCCCCAGCCAGCUCGCUCCACAGCCCUGCAGUUGCAGCGUUACGCAGGACUACGAGUAGUGUGACCCGUGCGUGACCACACAAGCCUCUACCAAUCAUGGCACCCCAUCCUCAUCUAGGCUACCAGAACCCCGUUGUGGGAUGCGACUUUCCGGACCCGGGUCUGUUUUACGAUGACACUUCCAAGCGCUGGAUAGCGUACGCCACGAAUGGCAACGGCAAGAACAUCCAAGCGUGGACCAGCGAAGAUUUCUGCUGCUGGAAGGAGCACAAGCAGGACGUCUUGCCUGGACCCUUUCCACCAUGGACGGGCAAGCCUGGCUUCUUUUGGGCACCAGAAGUGAUCAAAGCGCCCAACGGUAGACCUGGCUACCUGCUCUACACUUCUGCCAACGACAGCUCGACGGAUAAGCAGUGCAUCGGCGUGGCUUAUUCCCCUCAAAGUCCUCUCGGUCCCUUUCACUUUGUCAGCCACGGCCCCAUCGUCAGCAGAGGGGACACUGGAGGAUGCAUCGACCCUCAGCCUUUUGAGGAUGCGCAGGAUGGAGGCAGACGCUACCUCAUCUACAAGAACGACGAGGACAAGAUGUACACUUCAAAGUGCCAACUCUGGAUCCAGCCGCUUUCCGAGGAUGGCCUGACCUUCUCUGCAGAUCGCUCGCCCCUACUGGCACCCACAGAGUCGUGGCAAAACUCCUUGCUUGAAGCUCCGUACCUCGUGUACGAGCCUUCGAGUCGAACCUACAUUCUCUUCUACUCCAGCGGCACCUUUACCACCUCGGGCUACGCUACGGGCUACGCGACAUCCAAGCGCGUGACCGGCCCUUACACGCCUCACAAGGAGCCGCUGCUCUACACGGACUCUCUGAGGGGUAUCCGAGGACCUGGAGGUCAGAGCAUCGUGCGAGGAGUCGAGGGACAUUGGUUCAUCGCCUUCCACAGCUUGAUACACGAAGGAGGUCCUCGACACAUGUGCAUUCACCGGCUAGAAUUCGACCAUGACGGAAGUCCCAAAGUACCUGGCAGACCACACAUUGGCAAGAGGAUGCGAUUGGGUGCAGAGGCGGAAGAUGAUGCUCAUCCCGGUCAAGGCUUGCCACCCACGGAUGGACGCGGUGGCGGUGGAGGCGCACCGGACGGCAAAAGCAAGGCAAAGGAUGCCGUGACAAAGGGCCUCAACAAGUUUGCAAAGUUCGUUCAGGACCACUGAUGGCGAGGAGAUGCGGCAUCACAUCACGACCCUCGAAGGGGUGGAAUUUGGAGAAUGAGUGGCAUGUACGGGGGGAGCAUUGCAGAUGCGGACAUUGUACAUUUC